AACUCUGCUUGGGAUGAAAAUAAGAAACAGAAAUUGACAGAUUUAUGAUGGAUAGAAAUCUCUUUGUUCGCAUCACUGCUGGAAAUGGAAGUAGGUCAUCUAUUUUUGUUUAGUGGCAAGGGAAGGCAGCAAACAAGGAAGAAAACAUGAGCAUCAAAGAACUUUUUCCCUUCAAAUACAGCUGCCAUCUCCAUUGUUCUCCAGAUGGCAGUCCCACUUACCACAACCGCUUCCUCACUAACUGUCCUUUGCUGCUUCAACCAGAAAUGAGCUUCUUGGCAUCUCUUUGUGUCUUCUUUCUGAUCUUCUUCAUUCACGGUAUAUCUUCUGAAACAUGCCUUUGUGUCCGCGGCUUUUGUAGGAAUGGCUGGGUGCAAUAUAUGAAUGCCUGUUAUAAAGUUGAGAAGAAACGAAAUAACUGGAAUGAUGCUGAGAUGGCUUGUCAGAGGUAUGGCACGAAUGCCCACCUUGCCUCCAUCCACAGCGCAGAGGAAAAUGACUUCAUUUUUCACCUGAUGGGCAAGCCACUGGAUCGCUUGGAAGGAAAGGCCUACUGGAUUGGUGCUCAUGACACUUUCAAGGAGGGGACUUUUGUGUGGACAGAUGGUUCCAGAUUUGAUUUUCAAUCAUUCUUUCCUACUGAGCCUAAUGGCCUUCCAGGAGAACACUAUCUGGGGUCCUGGUACUUACAACAUGGACACAUCACCUGGAAUGACUAUGAUAUCACAAUGAAAUUUCCAUCUGUUUGCAAAUACUACUUGGCAAAUGGUAUGCACCAUGACUCCUCAGGACCCAAGCAAGCUUGAUACAGAAUCCCUGGGAUGGAAAAUAGUGCAGAGAUAACUUCAACCCUAUCCUAUAGGUUGCUUUGAAAUGUCUGAUCUUUUCCUUACAACUUUACCUUGUGCUUUUCUGUGAUCAGUUCUGAAGGGGUGGUGGGAUUGUGAAGAGUUUAUUUCAAAUUUUUCUCAGAUUUCAGUGCAGGAUAAUCUCCUGCAUUAAUUAAAGUUACCUCAACCAUAACUAAAAUGCACGAAUAUUAAAUUCCUUGAGAGAAUAAAAAAAAAUUAAAUCACUUUCAAUAA